AUGAGCAACAAACAAAGCUCCAACGAGCGCACGCCGCUGCUCAACGGCGAGGGCGCCUCGUCCAAUGGCACCCCGAACCAUAUCCAGAGCAGCAGCAAUGAGCGCUCCGCAGCCUUCCGGUUCUUCUUCGACUCCAAGCACACGCCGGGCACUCAUAGCGAAAACAUUGCUGUGCGAACACUUGCCUAUUCUUGGCAUGUCGCCAAGGUCACCUUGCUGAGCAACUACAUCAACUUUUUGCUCAUCAUGGUUCCCAUUGGUAUUAUUGCCGGCCGCCUUGGAUGGAAUUCAACCGCCGUUUUCACGAUCAACUUCUUCGCCAUUAUCCCGCUUGCUGCCGUUCUGUCUUUUGCGACUGAGGAAAUAUCUCUCAAGCUUGGCGAGACCCUUGGUGGACUGCUGAACGCGACCUUUGGAAAUGCUGUUGAACUGAUUGUCAGCAUUGUGGCUCUCCGAGACAACCAGAUCGAGGUUGUGCAGUCUUCCAUGCUCGGCUCCAUCCUUUCCAACCUGCUGCUGGUUAUGGGAAUGUGCUUCUUUUUCGGAGGUCUCCGACACCGUGGUACUUCAGGCGGCGGUACCGAACAAACCUUUUCAGCAGCCGUUGCUCAGACCACAUGCUCUCUCAUGACGCUCUCAUCUGCUUCUCUGGUGAUCCCUGCUGCGCUGUAUGGCGUUCUCGACCAGGGCCACACUAAUCUCGAGGACAAGGAUCGAAGCAUUCUUGUGCUCUCUCGGGGUACCGCCAUCAUUCUGCUAGUUUUAUACGCUCUCUACCUGGUAUUCCAGCUCCGCACUCACAGCAACCUCUUUGACACCGAAAGCCAGCUUGCCGAAGGCGAGGAUCCUGAGGAUCCUACUCUUGGCCCGAUUGCUGCCGCCGCAGUUCUUGUCGUCGUAACGAUUUUGGUUGCCAUCUGUGCCGAUUACUUGGUCGGAUCCAUCGAUGACAUCGUCGAAAGCGCGAAUAUCAGCAAGGCAUUCAUCGGUUUAAUCUUGAUCCCCAUUGUUGGAAACGCUGCGGAACACGUCACUGCUGUGGUGGUCGCUCUUCGCAACAAGAUGGAUUUGGCCAUGGGUGUAGCCAUUGGCUCCAGUAUCCAGAUUGCCCUUGGGGUUACUCCAUUCCUGGUUAUUGUUGGCUGGAUUAUCGGACGCGACAUGACGCUCCACUUUGAGACUUUCGAAACUGUUGCUUUCGCCGUGUCCGUUUUGGUCGUAACAUAUACUGUUCAGGAUGGCAAAUCGAACUACCUCGAGGGCGCCAUGCUCCUUGGCCUUUACAUCAUUAUUGCUGUGGCUUUCUUUGCGACACCAGGCGAUUUCUUGGACAAGGCGACAAAUCUUGUCAGCGGCAGCAACUAA